AUGUGGUGAACCCGGUAAGGCAGAUGCCCCAGGCAAUUGUCCAUUCCGCUUAUUGCUGGCGCCAAGCCUGAUUUCUGGAGAUAUUAUUAACGCAUUUGAUGACAGCUCGUUUGCGCAAAGAGCGCUGCGCUUACGUCUGAGGGAGGAACGGGCGUCUAUAGGCGGGUGAUGUCGGAACUCCUAAACACCGAAGCGCAUAUAAAGCGGCGCGCGCGCUGUGCGGGGAACAAACAACUGUGUGCAGGUCGCGCGCCUCUGUGCUAAACUCUCAGCGAUCAGAACCAUGGAGAGCUCCAAAACCGCGGCGCGCGCUUUGCUGUUUCUGCUCGCUCUGAUGCUGCGCAGCUGCGCGCGAGCAGAGAGUGCCGAGACCGAGGUGGAACUGGACACCAGAGCCAUUCGAAAUUUCUACCCUAAAGAUCCAAAUUUGACCAGUGAAAAACAACUGCUUGGAGCUCUCCACGAUGUUCUGGAAAAGCUGCAGACGAAACGAAUUCCGCCUUGGGAGAAGAAAUUUGGCCAAGUCCCUAUGUGCGACGUGGGGGAACAGUGCGCAAUCCGCAAAGGCGCACGAAUCGGCAAAAUGUGCGACUGUCCGCGGGGAGCCUUCUGCAACUUUUUCCUUCUGAAAUGCUUGUAAAGAAGAGCAAUCUACAUGUAAAACAAUACUCAAUUCCAUUUGUAUAGGUAUUUUUUUAAAGUGAAAAUGUUUAAAAGGUGUGUAUGUAACGUAUUUUUCAUUUUGUUUAAGCAUUGCACGUCUGAUGUCAUAAAAUGUAGCGUCUAUACUUUCUGUAAUAA